AUAUUUGUUUUAGAUGUAAAAAAUAAUGAGAGCAAGACGGAAGCAAGAAUGACAUGGCAUUGGAAGCGUUAUUAAAAUCAGUCGCUGCUUCGGAUUUACUUGACACUAAUCCAAGUUACAGUGGUUGGUUGAAAAAAAAAGGGUUACAUCGAUACUGCAUCAUUCAUGGUAGUAAUUUUUUCUACUACGAAGACAAUAAAAGUAAAAGGCCAUGCGGAGGUUUCAGUUUGAAUGGUUAUAGAGCGUCCGAGGGUCGAGAUGAAUCAGUGAUUAUUAGACACGGCCAAUCCAACACACGCGUGUAUAUAUUUGAAGCUGGAUCUUCCAGAGAGCAAAAGGAAUGGAUCAGGAAAAUAAACGCUGCUGUAAUGGCCAACUUAAUCCCGCUAAAAUCAGUCUCAAGCGAGGAACCGGUGUAUGACGAGCCUGAAUACGACUAUACAAAGCUUUCACCUGACGAUGUUCGGUUUGUCGGAGCGCAAGAGGAUGGCUACGUAAGUAUAGCAUCUGAGAAAAUGACAGGCGCGUUUACCGGUCCUGUGAGUGCGAAAGGGAGACCUCCGAGAACACAACAAAGAUAUUCUUCCAAGCCUGGUCACACGGUUCAGGAUGAUGAACAGGAUAUCUAUAGUAAUAUUCCAGACGAUACUGAGCUGGUUAAAAGAGUAAUUGCGCCCACUCCUCCGCCCUAUGAUGGAGACAUGGACGCGCGAUACGUUUUUGCUCGUCAAGAUAUGGGCGGAUAUAUUACUUUAAAGCAGCCUGAUGAAGAUAAGGAUGGUAUCUACGACGACAUAAACUCGUCGCGGGAUGACGAGCAGACUUUUUAUGAGGAUAUGCAUGCGGAUCAAGCUAAACAUUACGAAGAUAUGAACGCGGGUUUGGUGUAUGAAGAUAUGACUGCAUCCCCAAGCCAAGGGGAACAGUACUUGUGUCUUACUGACAAUACGUCUGCGCCAGUGUAUGACGCACCGACGGGUCAUUAUGUUAGCCCCAAGCCUCAAACGUUUGCCAAUGAACUGGAGAAAAAGUUAUCACUUACUAGGAGGGCGCUGCCAGUACCGCCUCUACCGCCCUCUAGAUCUGGAAGUUUAAAAUCGAAAGAAGAAAUUGUGGAUGUAAAUACACUCUCAGAUGAUGAACUCCUACCGCCUUCUGUUUAUAAACGAGAAUUAAGUAGAGAUGAUUGUCCAAGUGUGUUUAAGAAUAAUGAAAAGAUUGGCACAUACUUGAUACGUCGUGCAAGAAACGGGAAGGAUGUGCUGGCUGUGCUGGAUACGACAGAAGUUAGACAUUAUAUAGUUUUUGAUAAAAACGGUAUGCAUUUCCUUCGCGAAGACGAGCCGAAAUUUAAAUAUCUGGCAGAUCUAAUAAGAUAUUACUACAAACAGAGUUUACCCACGUGUAAAACGAAGCUCUCACAGCCGUUCAGAUAACUAAUUUUAAAACGAAAACAAGAAGACAUUUUCUCGCUGCAAUGAAAUAGAUUCAACAGAUAAUUACUUGUGUAUAAUUGUAAGUAUUUCAGUUCAGUGCUUAUGUUUUCUGAUGACAGCAUUUCAUGAAAAUCGCGUAAAUUAUUCAGGUGGACGUCAGGUACGUAGCGAAGAGGGACAAAUAAUUUCUGACGUCAUGUUCAUUUCAUUUAUAGUUUUUAGCAAAUAUUUUUAUUAAGAGUUUUCUUAUUUUUUUCAUAACUAUUUUUAUAUAUCAAUUUUCUGCUCUUUCUUAUUUAUAAUCUUAAGUAUAUGACAUCUAACUCUUUUAAAUAUCUUUUCUAAAUACAUUUUUACCAUAUAAUUUUUCAAGCAAUGGAACGGAAUAGAAUCCUUGCAAUUGUAUGGUCUUAAACCUGGUUUCCAUCAGCGGCAUAAGUACCAGUAUAAGAAAAUGUGAAAUUUACUUACUGGUGGAAACUAGGCAUUAAUAUAGAGUUCUUGAAAUGCACUUCGACAAUAAAUAAUUUCUUUCUGUAAAGUAACCUUCUGCAAAAGUAAACAUGUUUUUAGUGAGGAUUUAUUAGAUGACCAUAUUUUAUUCUAAAAAUAAUUAUGACAAGCACUUUUAACAUUUAAAAAAUGUUCAUGACUUUUUUUCUGCCUUUUUAGUGUUCCAUUACAUUUAGUUAAUAAUUGUUGUAAUUAUUUGUUUUAGUUUAUUUUUUUUAUGUUACAAAUAUUUUUCUGCACGAAUAGUUACAAAUGAAUUUUUUUAAUUAUUUUUUUAUUAUUUUAAUAAAUACGAAAGAGAAUAUCAUAAACUGUAAAAUGUUUUGCCAUAUAAAAAAUAGUUGAAUUGGUGGGUUCGUAUAAGAACCAUACUUUUUUCACCUGAGCCUCAAUUCUUAGAGGUAAUUUUUUUUAGCCUGGUGGGAUUCUUGAAAGAUUUUAAUGUAGUUGAUAUAAAAAUUUACUGUGGUGAUAUAGAUCUGCGUACAACAUGCAUAUGACCUUUUUAUAAAACAUUAUCGAAAAACACAUUUUAAAUUUUUUAAUAAAAUGUCUUAUUCGUAAUUCACACCUUAAGGGUGUGAAUAGUUGAACGUUAUGGUCGUUAUCUGUUUUAGUCAGGGUGUGUCUGACAGAACUUAAAAGCCUUGUAAUCAAAAUAAACAAACUCGAAAACUUUCUCUAGAAAAUCAACUUGAAAAUCUUGUUUGAACUUUGCUUUCGUAUGUUGACACUUUACGAAAGGGUAUUCCCAAUAAAAGUGAAUCUCUUGAUGCACUUUAUAAUUGUAUUAUUUUAUCUCCUUCACAGAUGCCAGGAAACUGUACGGAUAUUGAAUUGAUAUUUUCCUAUCAACGGUAGAGUGCAAUAUUGAGAUGUUUUAUUUUCGUCUUUUACAAGAAUAUAGUAUGUCGUAAAAAAAAAGCAGGAAGAGGUUUGCAUGAACACUAGUUUGAUUUACUUAGCAUUACGUUACUUUGUUUUUGUCAUAUUUGCUGUGUAUAUUCUUCAAGUGUAUUAAUAAAAACAUGAAUUUUGAAUCUCUGCAUGGAUUUAUUAACAACGAUAACAAACUGAGAAGAAGAGUUAAACGCGAGUUAAAAUGGAAUGAUGAAAAAAUUGAAAUUACCCUAAAUGCUUAUAAGGAGUUCUUAGAACUUAAACUUGCUUUGGAAGACUGGGACGGAAGUAUUUUGACACCUUCGAUUGAAAUCAAAGAAGUGUGGCAACUUCAUGUGCUCGAUUCUUUGCAUUACAUCGAUCAAUGUCGAUCUUUGUUUGGUAAUGUUAUUCAUUUUAACCCAGAUGAAGACGAUUAUAGGAAACGAAAGGAAAAAGUCGCCACAACCAAGCUGGCCUAUCAAGCUCGCUUCGCAAAACCAAAUAACUGGCUAUUCGAACAGAAUAUGGAAAGAGAAAAUCUUGCUGAACGAAAUACAUUUCGCUUAUUUGUAGAAUCUCUGACAGGGAAAAUGAUAACAAUAGAUGGUCUAGAUGCUGACAGUACAGUACUGCAGUUAAAGCUUAAAAUAACGCAUAUCGCAGGAAUUCCGAUAGACCAGCAACGCUUAGUAUAUAAAGAUGUGCAGUUGGAAAAUGGGCUGACACUCUGGAACUACAAUAUUAAAAACAGAUCGACUGUACAUCUGAUUUUAAAACUGGUUGGUUGCUAGAAGAGUUCAUUUAAAUAGAGUUUUUUUAAAGAGAGUGUUCGAAGAUAAUUCUUUCUUUUUCUGUUGCGAGAAAUUUUUGUUGAUGAGAACUUCAUCAUGAAGGUUGAAUCCAGAGUUUUAGAUUCACCAUUUUCUGUCUAGCAGUUUUUUAAGUGAUGAUACUGCACCAAGCUUCCACGGACAUGUACUAUCUUGUCAACCCUUUUUCUUGAAAUUCUUGGGUGUAUUAAAAAACGAGGCUAUUGUGGUUCUUUCGGUUUCAGCAUCUUGCGUAAUAUCCUCCUCCGGGAAAACGAUAUCUUGACUAAAAUGCCAGAACUUUUCCUGGUUCUUUUUUAAGAAAAAAGGUGCAUUUCAUUUUAUUUGGGGCAAUCUUCCAGGGGGAAAUUUACUGAGAGAGGUUUCCCCGGAUGGCAAUUAACCUAGUACCGUCGCUAAGUUUUACUUGUUUUGAUUGGUGUAUUACAGACGUAGCACUGAUAUUAUUUUAGUCAAUUACUUAAUAUAGGGAUUUGAUAUUUGAGACAGGUUUUUUUGUGUUCGUUUUGUUCAUUUUUGUAUGUUUUUGUUUUUUAAUCACAAGAUGUGACCACUAAUGUCCACAUACAUGAAACUCAAGUUUGUAGGAUGGAGAGCUGAAGUUAUUAAAUGUUAUCACGGUAUGUAUGACUUUCGCAGUAUGUGAAAAAAAUGUUUAGUUAAUUUAUAUUUAUUUGUCAAUUUGGCGCUCCUCCCAUCAUUUUCUUAAAAUUUGCUUUAAGUGACUAAAAAUUUUUAGUUCUAAGCUCUUAAAACAUUUUUGUCGCCCAUAUAAACACGGCUCAAAACACAUCAUAGGGCUCAAAAUGAUGCCUCACCGAUUUUUUUUUUAUCACAGAAGAGAUAUAUACAAAGCAUGCAACAUAAACUUGUUAUUAGCUACUUAGCAGCCUUAGAUUUGAAUAUUACACAAGUAUGCAGAUGUUUAGUCAUUUAUAUAGAAUUUAGAUAUAAAAAAGUGAGACGCAUCACCCUAGGUUAUAUCCUAUGCCCAAUACUGAUGAGAAUAAUAAUAAUAAUGAUACUUUAAGAUUGCUAUUUAGUAUUUGAUACAUCGUUAUUACCCCUCGUUCUUAAGAAAGCAUGCAAGACACUUUUUGCAGCAAAUCCUGAAAUAAUCAGGAAACCCAGUCCACUAUGUUUUUGCUUGGUUUCUUAUAAGAAAUAUGUAUGCGUUUUUGUGUAAAUAUUUUACAGCAAGAAAAGUCUUGUAUCAUCUGAACAAUAUGGUACCGAAUAGAACUAUAACUUCUCUUGUCCCCAGGGCUCUUUUACAGAACUUUGUAGCUACAAUAAAUAAAAUAGAAGUGUUGAUAUCACACUAUAAACUAAAAUUAAAAAAGGAAAAAAAUAAAAAAAAUCAGGGUAUCAGAGUAUCAUGAUUUAGGAUCUCGAGUCUUGCUGAGUAUCAGGUCGAGGGUAUCACCUAGGGUAUCGGUCUUCCUUUUAUUUAAGAGUUCAUAGAAACCACGAUUAACAAGUGCCGUGGCACCUAUUUGAAUUACUAACGUAAUUCCAUUUUGAAAAAUUCUGUUAAAAAUUCUUUCAUUUUACGAGCAUAAACUUUUAUAAACUUUCUUCUAGUGUCAGAAUAUGUAGCAAAAUAAAAUAACAUGGAUAACGAUAAAUUAGAUGCUUUCGUUGGCCGUGAACUUCAAACUCGAAUUAAAAAGAAAUUAAACCUCCGCGAGGAAGAGUUUGUUAAAGCUAUUAAUGCAUACAAACAGUUUAUUGCAUUAAAAGUCUUAUUAAAAGACUGGCAGGCAACUUUGCUCUCUCCAUCUUUGCUUGUUGAUCAAAUUUGGCACUCCCACGUUGUAGAUACUAAAGUUUAUGCUGAUGCGUGCGUCAACUUAUGUGGAAAUGUUAUUCAUCAUGAUCCUGACGGGUGCGAGGAUAGUGAAAGUAGAGAACAAAGAAUUCAAAGACUUAAAAAUAUUUAUGAGAAGCACUUUGGCGUUAAACCUAUUGGUAAAUAUUGGUAUUUUGAUAAUGAUCAGUUUCUGAAUGAUUUUAUCUCCAGAUGAUGUUGCUGUUGGAUAUACGGUGGAAUUUUAUAUAUAAAAAGUACUGGAACCAAAGUUGUCGAACAUAAAUACUAGAAAUGCAUAUUAAUUUGUUCUUUUGUUAUCUGUCUGUAUUAUGUUUUUAACAGGCUUGAUGCUCAUAUUGC